CUCUCUCUCCUUAUUUAUUUCUGUAUUUUUUUGUUUUUGUAUAUUUUUACACUCUCGUUUUCAUUAGUUAUUAAUUUCUUUUACUUUCAUUGUGGGCUGAUCCACUGACCAUGUUGGACAUUACAUUUUAGCUUAUUGAAUGGACGGACGAUGUAGUGGGGGGGAAAAACAGAAGCAAAAUAAAAAAAAAACAAACAAACAUAUAAUAAUAAUAAUAAUAAUAACAAUAACAAUAAUAAUAAUAAUAAUAAUAAUAAUAAUAAUAAUAAUAAUAAUAAUAGGCUAUAAACAUUAUACAAAAAUAACAGCUAACAAAAAAUGCAAUAAAAACAAAAUAUUUAAAAUAUGGAAUUUCUGUACGAUAUUCCUUGGUUCUUCUGAUAACAAACAAGACAGAAAUAAUUUAGAGGAUGGAAUGUUUUGGAAGGGAAAAUUGAAGAAGAAAUGUAAAAUAUAUUGGUAAAAUUUGCAGCUCAUUUGUUCAUUGGUCUGAUGUGUCUCAAAAGCUGACAGACAUUAAAGAAAAUAUUUUUCAAAAAUCCCCUCAAAAUCUUGACAAAAAACAUUAAAAAAGCCAUAAUGGACUCUGAAUUAAUAUGGCUGAACUAUCUUUAGAAUUUGUCAACUGACUGGACGUCUUGGAGUUUGUAUUUCUUAACUUUUUUACUGAGAUUCUUUUAAUGUAUUUUUUUUGGUAAAUUCUUUAGGAGUUUUCUCCUGUUAUAUGUAUAUUUGUUUUUUGUUUUCUUUUUUGUUCUAUUUUGUUUUUAUUUUCAUGUGGUUCUUUGGCUCAAGUUUUGGAUUUUGUCUUCUGCUUUUAAAAUUACAUUAUUAAUAUUUCAAUUUGAUUACUUUUUUAUAUUUAUUCUUUCUUUUUUUUCUUUCUUUUAUACAUUUCUUCAUCGCUGUUGUUUCUUUCGCAUCUUCCUUCCCCACCCCCUUCUCCAUUUUUCUUUCACAUUUUCAGAUAUUUUCAAACCUGGCUCUAAAAGAAAAUUUUAUAUCAGCGAAAAAGAAAUUUUCUUUCUUAUGUAUUCAAAUCUAUAUUUUUAAAAAAAAUUGAACUAUAUUUUGUAUUUAUCUUUUGUAUCUUCUUUUUGAUAUUUAAAUUUUAUAGUUUUCACCUUAUCUUAUUUUUGCUUUUUUAUAGUGUUGUUGUUUGCCAUUUUCUAUGUAAUUUAAAGACAUAUAUUCCAGAACAUUCUAGUGGACUUGAUUAGAAUAUUGAGAAGAUGCAAAUUUUCUAUGUCUUUAUGACUCAUCCCAUUUGAAUGAUUGAGUUCUUUUUCAUUUCAUGGCUGAAGCAAAAUGGAUGAAUUUAUAUUUUCAUUGACCAAAAUUGACUAUUUCAUCAUGGAAUUAGAGAAUUCCUCAUAUUUAACGAGGGAAUUUCCAUUCUCCCCCGUUUUCUCCUCCUCUGCAAAAUGUAUAAAUUUUCUCUGGAAAAAUUUGACUCUUUUAAUAUAAAACUGUCUGGUUGAAUUUGAAGCAAAAUCACAACCCAAAUUUCAUUACAAUGUGAAUGACAACAUGAGAUUUUAGAUGGCCAUCUUCAAGAUAAUAAAUACGUUUAUAUAAGAUUAUAGAUAUUUUACUUACUGCUUUUGCAUUUAAACCAGCCAUAUCCAGCCCAAAUAUUCCAUUUUAUGGUCAAACAGGCCAUAUCCAGCCUUUCACACCUACCCUACAAUGUCAUUCUAAAAGUAAUCAUGCCACUGGAAUCACCACAGCUAUGAGAUGAAGCAUGAUUAAUUCACAACAAUGUGAAAAUAAAAGCAUUACAUUUGACAGAGUAAUUUGAAUGCUAAAGGGUAAGACCCCUUCCAAAUAUCAUGAUUAUAUCGAAAAUUGGAGCAUUCCGGGAUUCUUCUUUGAAAUAUAAUCACCAAAGAAUUUAUUACAGUUUCUUCUUAUUCAAUGAAAUUUGGCUCUUUGAGAUUAAACAGUAAACCUGUUAAAAAUGGAGCCUGAAAUUUCUGUUCAGACAGGUGUAAUCAUAGCUGUUAAUUUUAUCAUCAUUGUUGGUAAUAUUCUUAUAAUUCUUGUACUUUGCAACACGAAUUGCCUUCACAAUGUCAACAAACUGUUUUUCUAUUCACUGACUUUUGCUGACCUCUGUCUAGGACUUUUCAUAACUCCAUUUUCCAUCCUCACCUCCUUUUUUGGCCAAUGGGUGUAUGGUGACAACAGAUUUUGUCAAAUCGAAGCCUAUCUUACUACUAUAUUCUGGAUCGCUGGCCUGUAUUCACUGAUGUGCAUCAAUGUUGACCACUACAUUGCUAUUCGUAGACCAGAGCGGUACAAUACACUCAUGUCUCCAGUACGCUGUAUCUGUUGGACAGUUUUCGUGUGGUUUUCAGCUUUCAGCUUCUGCUGUCCUCCGCUCUUUGCACUACAUCGUGCGCGAUACGACGAGGAAGCCUUCAUGUGCAUCAUCGACACCAGGCUCCAAUUGGCCUACUUCAUCACAGCAGGACUCAUCAUGACCUGUCCACCGAUAUUUGGGCUGAUCUACACCAUUUCCUACCUGUGCUCCUCUUCCUUCAGAAAGAAACGAGAGGUCUAUGAGACAAUCCUUCAAGACCGAGCGUCUCGACCAUGGAAUUACUUCAUGAACUCUGUAGCAUCUGUAAUAUUCACCUUGGCAUGGAUCCCAUGGUGCGUUUUACAAGUGCACGAUAUUAUUUAUAGUAGGAACCAAAAUGGAUACAGGAGCCCUUUGCAUUUUUACUUGUUGUGGCUUGCCAUCGGGAACUCAUUCUACAAGUUUUUCAUCUAUAUAACAAUGAGUCGUGAGUUUCGUAUGGGUCUGCGGCAACUGUGGAGCAAACCUGACUGCUCGUGUUCAGCUUCCAGAAUACAGGAGCAAGAAUCAAACGUUAUAACUUUAGACACAAAAAUGAGGAACAGAUCAACUAUGGAUGUCUAGAAAUCUAUA